CUCAUACAAGAGAACCUACACGCCAAUCCAUGGGCCGUUCUCGUCGCCACCAUGCUGCUAAAUUUGACGCGGGGCGAUGCGGUGAGGCCGGUUUUGUGGGUGCUUCUGGGGUGGAAAGGCUACGUGUGCAGACCGCCAUGUACACUCGAUGCACUGACAAACCUCUUCCGCCCGCUGGGUCUGCAAAAUAUUCGAGCAGUAAGGUUGGUGCGCUUGUCGCGGGCAUUUGUGAAGUGGAAUUUCGGGAAGAACACAUCCACCGACACUCACAAUGGGUCGACACGGCUACCACCACUUCCCGGCGUCGGCGCCUACGCGCGCGAAUCCUACGAGCUGUUCUGUGAGGAUGCGGAGCGGUGGCGGAGUGAGGUGGGCGAUAAGGAAUUGAAGAGGUAUGUUGGGUGGCGGAGGGGUGUU